AUGUCCAAGCUGUCUGCGUCGCUCAAGACGCUCAUCAACGCGCCCUUCUCGCGCCCAGGGCCGACCGCAGCACCGCCGCGCAUUGCGGACGUGUACCGGGCAAUUGCACGUGAUGCGGCACAGAACAACAUUGGCAGCCAGCCGUGGGUCACCUUCUCGGCGGCCGCGACCAUUACGCUCAACGCACCGGACGCUCUGGCUGUGCUCUGGCGUGUGGCCUCGGAGCAGCCCACGCCGGCCCUGCCGCCUGUGGCCGCGGCAGAGCUGAUCCGCGAGGUCGGCCUCAAGUGCAUCGGCUUCAACGGCAUCCCCCGCACCAUCAACGUCCUCGGCAGCUUCCGCAACAGCGGCCUGCCCGCCGAUGUUGUCUCGCAGCUUGCCACGACCCCAACACGCGUGCCCAGGGCCGAGGACCUGCCCGAGACCACGGCCCGCGGCCUCGGCCUCUGGCGCUCCGUCUACGCGGGCGUCGACGUCAAGCUGCUCGACAAGCUCGCCGAGUCGCACCCGGACCUCCCCGUCCACAUCCUCAACUCGCACUACGGGCCCCUCUUCACCGAUCCGCCCAACCACGGCGCCGGCGGCCUCGCGACCGUGGGCCGCGCCCUCACCAGCCUCGUCGCCAUUGCCUGCCUGCGCGCCCAGACGGGCGUCGGCCCCCAGGUCGUGUCCCACAUUUUUGGGCUGCGCAAGGCCGUCGCGGACGGCACGUGGCUGCCCCAUGGCGAGCAGGGCGCGUCGGCCGACGACAGGGAGAGCGUCCGCGGCGUCGACUGGCUGGUGACGGACGCGGGCAGCGAGUGGCUGCUGCAGAGCAUCGACCGGAUUGUCGGGGCCCUGGGCGGGUCCAACUUUGCCGGCGGCAGCGGGGGCAGUGACGCCAUCAAGGCGAAGCUGUAG